CUCCCACCACACUGCCUAGCCAGACAGACUCUAAAAGACAAGACCGGGACACAUCCCCAGAAGAGACCAGACGCAGAGAAUCCGGAGAUCAAAUCUGACACAGGACUGUACUACCCCUGAACCUUCUUGCAUCUUGAGACUUUUCCCACACCGUUUUUUUGUGAAGAUGAAGUACCUGCAGUAUCCGAUCUCCAAGACCAUGGGCUACAGCGACUGCGUGGCCAAGGACUGCGUGGCCAUGCCAUGCUCCCAGGCUGCCACCUCCCUCAAACCCGACCGCAACGUCCACUUCCCCAACGACAUCGUCUUCCAGGACUUCGUGCGCACAGGAGAGCUGGAGCGCAUCGGCCGCUUCAUGCGAGCCAGAAGAGUGAGUCUGGACACCAUCUACCACUCAGGCAUGGCAGCCAUUCAUGAGGCUGUGCUGUCUGGGAACCUAGAGUGUGUCAAGCUCCUGCUGAAAUACGGGGCGGACAUUCACCAGCGGGACGAGGAAGGCUGGACCCCUCUCCACAUGGCCUGCAGUGACAGCUUCCCAGAGAUUGCCAGAUACUUGUUGUCUCUGGGUGCCGACGUGGACGCCGAGAACGAGGACGGGGACAAGCCGGUGGACCUCAUCGACCCCGAGUGCAAGGAGCUGCUGGAGAUCUUCGGGGUGGGCAGCGGCGACUGAGCUCCCGAAAAGAGUCGUGGAGCUCGACGGCAUCCGUGCCUUCUCCUCCUCCUCCGUGUCCUACUCUUCUUUGUUGCCAGGGUGACCGAAUGCUUCGUUCCGCGCAUCCAUGAGAGUGGACCGCCAGGCGCACCUUUGGCAGGGGAUAGUUAGGCAGAAGGGCCCCAUCUUGUUUUGGUUGCCUAUUGAUGGGACUGUGGCAUGUUCAUGCUGCAAGGGGCUCUUCCAGUGUGCACUUUUCUUUGGCUCAGAAGGAAGAAAGUGUUGAAGCCCUUGCUUGUAAAAACACCUUUUUUAUUACUGUAUAUAUGUGCUUUUGGAAAAAAGGCGCUUCUAUUGUGUUUAGCUUCUUUUAGUAUCGUUCAUACGCAACUUGUGUAAACACUUAAUACACAUUGUGAGUUUAGUUGUAUAGUUUUAAGCAGCAAUAUGUGUGUAAAUACAUGUAUUUAUGCAUUUGAUGUAUACAAAUGAUUUACAGCGUGAUGAAUCUGUAUUGUGAAUUGUUCAGUCUUAAUAUAAAUUGUUUUUUUUACUUUUUUUUCAAUAAAGCCUUCCAUAAUA